AUGACAACCCAUUUCAACCCGCUCGGACACAUAUCGAUCGGGGUCCGCGAUUAUCACGUCUCCAAGGCCUUCUACUCCGCGACACUUGCACCACUUGGACUGAAACUCGUGUAUGAUAGCGAGGCUGUGGCCAGAGGGAAAAUCCCACGCACCCUGGGUUUUGGGCCCAACGAAGAACACGAGCUGGUCAACAUCUUUGAGUACGGCACUCAGGCCUCACCGCCCGGCCCGGGUUUUCACAUUGCUUUCGACGCCUUAUCCCGUCAAGCUGUGCGAGACUUUUACGAAGCAGCCCUUAGAUCCGGAGGUACAAGCAAUGGAGAGCCUGGGUUAAGGUCUCAUUAUGGACGGAAUUACUAUGCUGCCUUUGUGAUUGACCCCGACGGAUGGAGAUUGGAGGCAGUGUGUAAGGCUGAAGAUGAGACGACACCAUCCGAAGAGAUCGCGAGUGCAUGCACAGGAAGUCACUGA